AUGAAUGAGAAACCUUAUAUACCAAUAAUUGAAAAAUUAAAUAAUGAAAAGAAUCCUAAUUUUUAUAUUUGUGGAAAUGGAUAUAUAGCUCCAUUAGACAUCAAGAAUUUAAAGAAAAUUUCCAACACAGAGAAGAAAAACUUACAGCGAGUUUUUAGUAUGAUGGAUAAAGAUAAUACUGGGAAAAUAUCUGUUUGUAACCUUCAUGAUAUUCUACAUAGAUAUAAUUACAAAAUUUCAAAGAGUGAAGUAGAAAGAAUGAUAUGGGAAUUUGAUGAUAAUAUGGAUAAUUGUUUAGAUUAUGAUGAAAUAUACUUUUUAUAUUUGAGAUGUGUGAAUGAUAAGAAAAAGCAAGUACCUAGUGACCUCUACAAUAUUAUUCAAUUUUUUAUGUUUGAUUAUGAAAUGAAUGGAUAUAUAACAGUAGAAAAAACUUUGCAAAUAUUGUAUGUACGUUUUGGUAGGGAAAAAAUGGACCAAGAAGUUCAGGAAAUUUUUGGAGAUAAAUAUGAAGACGAAUCGGGAGUAGAAAAACAAAUAUUCUUAAAGGAAUAUUUAGAAAAUGAAAAAAAGAGAAUACGUAAAUAUAGAAGUGAAAAUCCUAAAAAGGGAGGAAAAUCAUGA